AUGCACAUCACCAUCGCACCUUAUAUUUUCCCUAACCUGAUUGUUGCCCUGGCGCUUGGCAGCUUUGCACUCGCCAUAAAGUUAGCUUUAGCGAAAUUGCCUAAAUCAUUAUUCCCAAAGCCUAGCCCACAAAAGGCUACUGUCCGGGCCCUCCCUUCUUCCUGGUACAGAUCGGCCGAGGUAUACGAACUUGAGCGCCGUGCUAUCUUUUCAAAGAAAUGGAUUCUUAUUUCGCACAAGCUGCGAUUCGUGGAGAACGGCACGUGGAUUCGAUUCGAGGAGGCUGGGUUCCAGUUCUUUCUCGUGAAGGAUCACAGGGGGAGGAUUAAUGGAUUCCACAAUGUUUGUCGUCACCGUGCGUUUCCUAUCGUUACAGAGGAAAAGGGCAAGUCAUUAGUACUUGCUUGCAAAUAUCAUGGCUGGUCGUAUGGACUCAGUGGCCAACUUGCCAAAGCGCCUGGCUAUCUCGACAUGGAAGGGUUCGAUAAAACAAAGAAUGGAUUGUUUCCCAUUCAUGUCCACGUGGAUGCUCACGGUUUCAUCUGGGUGAAUUUAGAUGCUUCGAAGAACCCAGAGCCGUUUGGGAAAGAAUUUGAUAACAUUGAUAAGCUUGAAAGGCACAAGGCCUUUAAUUUUGAUGAUUAUCAUUUCGACCAUACCUGGGAGAUGAGCGGCGACUAUAACUGGAAGACCCUCGCAGACAACUACAACGAAUGCUAUCAUUGCAAAACGACGCAUCCGGAUGCUUUGGGCCUCUCCGACCUUGACAAGUACAGCGUUGAAGUCAAAGGCGGACACAUCGAGCACUUACCUGAUACAACAAACACUGAGGUCAAAGAUGUAUAUAAUCUCGUGUCCAACUAUUAUUUUCCCAAUGCCUGCAUGACGGUUACACCGCACUUCUUUUACAUGAUGAGAUGCGUCCCCACCUCCUACACGCACUGUUCGAUGGAAUAUGAGGUGUACCGGCACAAAAACGCCAGUGAUGAAGACUUCAAGACGAUUGAUGAAAUGUUCAAGCGAAUCCUGAACGAGGAUAAGUGGCUUUGCAACAACGCCCAGAAGAAUCUCAAUGCCGGGGUCUUCGUCAAUGGAGAGAUGCAUCCGCGAAUGGAACAGGGCCCGUUGUACUUCCAAAGUCGAGUACGACAGGUGCUGAAUGACCACCGGAAGCUGGAGCAAGCCGCCGGCCAGGAAAUAUGGGCCGCUCGACAGGCUGCCCCUGGAGGAUCUGAUCAUACGGCGGAGGAUAUCAGCUUUUGUUCAGGAUUGUCCUGCGCAAAGAAUACUACCGCCCUUGAGUGGUGA